AUGGCUGUGCAACCCCUUCCCUCUACACCCCGAGCUGUGUCUGCCGCGGCGCCCAUUGCAACUCCUGUCUCGACCCCAGGCAAAUGGCGCCACCCUCAACUCAGUGAGGUCGUGCGACGUCAAAAUGCUGCGACAUUCAACGAUAAGAACCUGCGGAGUGUGGUCUGGAAUGGAGCCACAUUGAUCUCGACAUGGAUCUUCGGGGGUACCUUGAAGUCCUUUGCUCGUCGCAUGCUUGACAGUGACCCCGUCUACCACCACCUCCCUUUGCUUCUUUUGCAGGCGCUUCUACUCUUCAAUGUUAUCAUGGCGCUGUACCCUCUUUUCAUGUCCAAGGAUGACCUUUCCGAUAUCCCGCUCACACCCACUCAACGUGCACUCCUGGGCCUAGACCCCGAGGCGGCGCCUCCUAUCACCCCCGGCACUACCUACGUUACUCCACCUCGCUAUCGCCUGUCAACCUCGCGCAAAGCAAGCCCUGUUAGUGCGAGUCGCCAAACCACCUCUCCUCUGACCUCGACUCCUACUUUCACAGACCGUCGUGUUUCUUCUGGAACACCAUUCUCGCCUGCAUCUAGUCCUUUGUUCAACAAGGCUGUGGCUACUGGAGGUCGGGAAUCAGGUCGCAGGCUGAGCAUUGGGUCCUCAUCCCCUCUGGCUCGAAGCAACUCAUUCGGAGAAUCUACGAUAUCCAACAUCUCCAGCAUGUCUAGCAUCGGACCCAGCACGCCUUCUCCACUUAGUGGAAAACGCCAGAGCUUGGGGCUGAGCAACAAGUGGCUCUACGAGAGAAGCCGGAGGCUAUCUGCCAGCAAUGGCGCUAUGUGA